AUGAGUUUCCGCAAAGAGGACGGCGUGAGCAGCCUGUGCCAGAAGGCGCUGCAUAUCGUCACGGAGCUGUGCUUCGCGGGCCAGGUGGAGUCGGAGAAGUGCUCGGGCAUCUUCCCCCCGGACCGCGGCCAGGGCGCGCCCAGCACAGAUAUUUCUGUCAGCCUGUUAGCGGUUGUGGUGAGCUUCUGCGGGCUGGCUCUGUUAGUCGUCUCACUUUUUGUGUUCUGGAAGUUGUGCUGGCCUUGCUGGAAAAGCAAACCUGUCGCCCCCAGUGAGAGUGUGGCUCCUCAGAGCCCUUCCCAUGUGCCCACCCAAGUCUUUGAGACUGAAGAGAAAAAAGAAGACAAAGAACAUGAAAAGCCAGUUGUAAAAGCUAUGGAGCCUGCAAUCAAAAUCAGCCACACUUCCCCUGACAUCCCAGCCGAAGUUCAAACAGCUUUAAAAGAACAUUUAAUUAAACAUGCACGUGUGCAAAGACAGACAACUGAGCCAACAUCUUCCUCCCGGCACAGCUCCUUCCGCAGGCACCUGCCACGGCAGAUGCAGGUGUCCAGCGUGGACUUCAGCCAGGGCGCCGAGCCCACAUCGCGGCCCGGCGAGACCAGCACCAGCAUCGGGCGGAUCAAGCCUGAGCUAUACAAGCAGCGGUCAGUGGACUCGGAGGGCCAGGGCGCUGAGGAGUUGGAGACAUGCGGGAAGCUGCACUUCUCGCUGCGGUACGACUACGAGAACGAGGUGCUGGUGGUGAGGAUAAUCGAGGCGUUGGAGCUGCCGGCCAAGGACUUCUCGGGCACGUCCGACCCAUAUGUCAAGAUGUACUUGCUCCCUGACCGGAAGCGGAAGUUCCAGACCCGCGUGCACCGGAAGACGCUCAACCCGCUCUUCGACGAGACCUUCCACUUCCCGGUGGCCUACGCGCAGCUGGGCGCGCGCAAGCUGCACUUCAGCAUCUACGACUUCGACCGCUUCUCCAGGCAUGACAUGAUCGGGGAGGUGACCCUCGACAACCUGUUCGAGGUCUCCGACCUGUCCCGGGAAGCCGCGGUGUGGAGGGACAUCCGCUGCGCCACCACGGAAAGCGUUGACCUGGGGGAGAUCAUGUUUUCUCUGUGCUACUUGCCUACUGCCGGGCGCAUGACUCUGACCGUCAUCAAGUGCAGGAAUCUGAAGGCCAUGGACAUCACUGGCUCUUCAGAUCCUUAUGUCAAAGUAUCUCUGAUGUGUGAAGGCCGAAGACUCAAAAAGAGGAAAACAACAACAAAGAAAAACACUCUAAACCCUGUGUAUAAUGAGGCCAUUAUCUUUGACAUCCCCCCAGAGAAUGUUGACCAGGUCAGCCUCUCCAUAGCAGUCAUGGACUACGACAGGGUAGGACACAAUGAGGUCAUCGGCGUGUGCAGAACAGGCCUGGAUGCCGAGGGGCUGGGGCGGGACCACUGGAAUGAGAUGCUGGCCUACCACCGAAAGCCCAUCACUCACUGGCACCCCUUGCUGGAGUUACCUGGCCGGGCAACCAGUUUUGACAGUCAAGGAUCCUGCUCUUCUCCCAAACCGCCAUCCACACCCUAGGUCCUCAAAAAACAUGGCCUAUACAAGGACUUGCAAUAAGUGCUCAGUGAAUUAUGGAAAACAAUAUGACUGGAAGGUUUGAGUUUUUCCUUUCAUUUCAACAAACUUGAUGUGCAAUUUUUUUUCAUUUACCUUAUUGUCUUGAACAUCUGAAGACAUUUUACUUGAAUACAAAUAGUUCUUUGUUACAUCAGGCAUUUGGCCCUUGAGUCACUUUCCUGGUUAGCACUGUUUAAAGAUGUUGUGAUUCUUUGCAUCAGCAAAGAAAAUGUGAUUUAAAAAAACAGAAACAAAAACAAAGGAAUCCCUGUGUAUCUAAAAUUAAGCAUAGUGUCUGCUGCUAUUGUACAAAGUAGCACAUUUUAUAUUUAUAUGCUUUUACUCUUGUUACAACUGUGUUCAUGAGUGAUUAUGCACAUGGUUCUAUGUUGAUAGACUUCUUUUUGGUGAUGCUGGGGUCAAACCUAGGGCCUCCAGCAUGCCAGGCAAGUUUUCUACCACUGAGCUACAUCCUGGCCCCCUCUGAUAGACAUUCUAAUCUUAACUUCAGUAGCAUUAAGUCCUUGCACAUUCAAACUAAUGUUUUAUACUUGAUAACAGCAUUUUUUUUCUUUCAUUAUCAGCAAAUACUUUUCUUGGUGAAGUUUGGCUCUGCCAAACUAGAAAACAAAAUAAAACAUAAAAAAAACUUUGUCAAGCUUCCUGCAGAGAAAGCUAUACAAGUGAAGAAUCAAUUUUUGAAUAUCAAUAUAAGAAAUACAUAGUAGAUGGAAAAAAAUGGAAGUUGAGCUAUUUGAGCUACUGUUUUAUAAUAUUGUACUGCCUAUGUUGGUUUAAACAUUUGUUGUGUUGUGUGACUGGUAUUUUCCCCCCAGCAAUCAUACUCUCAAGUGUAGUGUUGCUACUCCUAUUUGAAUACAAUCAGAACUUUAUUUUUUUCUCAGUGUUUCUAAGGUUCUCAUGGCCUGUGUUGUGUUCUUUGGUGAUUUGAGGCUCUCCUAUAGAUCCUGUGCUUCUAAUUGAUUACACUUAGCAGACAUCAAAGGUCCAAU